GGUAGGAUCAGUGCUAUGACCUCUACACUCACUGCCCUGCUCUACCUCGGGCUGUUCCUGAGCCAGACUGUCAGCACCGAGAAGCAGAAUCUUUCAAAACCCAUCAUCUGGGCCAAGCCAGAUUUCAUGAUUCCGAAGGGAAAGCAGGCGCUUAUCUUCUGCCAGGGGACUCCUGAAGCUGUGAAGUACCAGCUGUAUUUCGAGGGACACCUCUUUCUUCAGCAGAGCCCAAAGCAACAUGGAAGGAGGAACAUAGCCAUGUUCCACAUUCCAGCCAUGACCCCACUCACUGCAGGGCAAUACAAGUGCAUUUACCGAAGCAAGAAGCUCUGGUCAAACCCUAGUGACCCUCUGGAUCUGGUGGUCACAGAAUUGUAUGACACACCCACCCUCUCUGUCCAUCCUGGGCCUGAGGUGACCUCAGGAGAGAACGUGAGCUUCUACUGUCGGCUAGGCACUGCAACAAACAAGUUCUUUCUGCUCAAGGAGGGAAGAUCCCCUCACCCUCAGCACAGAUAUGGGAACACCCAGGUGGAGUUCCCCAUAGGUCCUGUGACCACAGCCCACAGAGGGACGUACAGAUGUUUUGGCUCUUAUAACAACCAUGCAUGGUCCUUCCCCAGUGAGCCUGUGAAGCUCCAGGUCACAGAAGAUUUUGGGGACACCAGCCUUGCACCCACAGAGCGCACCUCUUUUUCUGACCAUUGGGAUCUUGACUUGGUAACCACAGAGGCAGAAUUCCAGCAAGACCUUGCCUCCUGGGAUCAUACUGCCCAGAAUCUCCUUCGGAUCAUUCUGGCUUUCCUGGUCCUGGUGGCACUCAUGUGCCUCCUGGCUGAAGACUGGCUUUGGAGGAAGAGGGCACAAGAGAAAGCCAACGGGGCUUCAAGUCAGGAAUGCAGGAGAAGGUUCCGAACACAGAGACGCCUGAACGAAUGACCAAGAGAUGUGCUGGUCCCAGGUGUUCACGGACCAAGGACAUCUGUUGAUACUAAAUCAUAA